GCUAGCGGAAGUGACGUUGCAUGGGGCGUGUCCGGUCCCGCACAAUGGGCCAUGGAGUUCCCGUUCGAUGUGGAUGCGCUGUUCCCGGAGCGGAUCACCGUGCUGGACCAGCACCUGCGGCCUCCGGCCCGCCGACCCGGAACCACAACGCCGGCCCGUGUGGAUCUGCAGCAGCAAAUCAUGACUAUCGUCGAUGAGCUGGGCAAGGCCUCUGCCAAGGCCCAGCAUCUUCCUGCGCCCAUCACCAGUGCGUCCAGGAUGCAGAGUAACCGCCACGUUAUCUACGUGCUAAAGGACACCUCCGCCCGCCCGGCAGGGAAAGGAGCCAUUAUUGGUUUCCUCAAAGUCGGAUACAAGAAGCUCUUUGUGCUGGAUGACCGUGAGGCCCACAACGAGGUAGAGCCGCUCUGUAUUCUGGACUUUUACAUCCACGAGUCAGCACAGCGGCACGGCCAUGGGCGGGAGCUCUUCCAGUAUAUGUUAGAGAAAGAGCGAGUGGAACCACACCAGCUGGCCAUCGACCGACCGUCCCCAAAGCUGCUGAGGUUCUUGAACAAGCACUACAACCUGGAGUCCACAGUCCCACAGGUGAACAACUUCGUGAUCUUCGAAGGCUUCUUUGCCCAUCAGCAUCGGGCCCCCACUCUCUCUCUGAGGGCAACUCGACACUCUCGUGCUGCUGUGGUUGAACCCACGCCCGCUGCCCCAGCACGGAAGCUGCCGCCAAAAAGGCCAGAGGGCGACAUUAAGCCAUACUCCUCCAGUGACAGAGAAUUCCUAAAGGUGGCUGUGGAGCCCCCUUGGCCCCUGAACAGGGCCCCUCGCCGAGCCACACCCCCAGCCCACCCACCUCCUCGCUCUAGCAGCCUGGGAAACUCUCCGGAUCGGGGUCCCCUCCGGCCCUUUGUGCCAGAGCAGGAGCUGCUUCGCUCUCUGCGUCUCUGCCCCCCGCACCCUACUGCCCGCCUCCUGCUGGCCACCGACCCUGGGGGCAGCCCAGCCCAGCGCAGACGCACCAGCUCCCUUCCCCGAUCCGAGGACAGUCGGUACUGACAGGAAGCCUGGGAGGGCAGAUACCCUCUCCCAGAGCCCGCGACCCACUCCUCCGCCAAGAGUUGUUCUUCCCCGCUCUUGAACAGCUGGGUUGCCAGGGUUCUAAGUAGCCUAAUACUUUGUAGCUUUUCUUACCACUGAAGACACCCCAAUACUGCCCAGCCUGUGCUCUGAACCCACACACAGGCCGUUCUGUUCAGGAUCUCUCGGGCUAAGUGGCUGCUACCAGCUCCCCAGAGAAGCACACUUUCUGCUCAUGGUGAGACUCCAGACCACCAGCGGUCCAGGGAGACCUUUAAGGAGUGUCCUGUCAAUGGGUUACUUUCCCUCCACCGUGCCCAAUGGGAGUCCUCAUCCUCCAUCCUGCUGCCAAACCAACCUGCCCUCUCAGUGUGCCGAUGCCGGCCUGUCAGCCCUCCUGGCUGCCCGGCGGGUCUUCCCAGUGUCGCCAAACUCUUCCUUUCCAAGUGUCGUGUAGAUGCCGCAAGCUAACGUGGCCCUGGGGUCUCUUCAGGAGACACACGCCACUGCUCUCCUCAGAUAGCCUGAUCUGACUUUUGGCAGUAGGUCCCAGCAAACACGCCAGGACCACUUAGCUGUGUCUUUGAAGAGAAGCCUGGUCCAUUAGGUCCUGGAGUCCCCUCUGACCUCCCUGCCUCCCCAGUACAGAGACCUAUGGGUUGUCUUGUGCUGAGAUGGAAUCCUCCUCCUGCUGCCCCUCCUUUCUCCUCAUAGCCAGAGCCUCCUUCCCUGCUUCCAUGCCCAGGUGUAGAAAGGCCCCUCCAUUCCCGCUGCCCUUGGAAUGUGCAAGACCAGGUGCCCGCCCACCAUGUUCCCUCAAGUCCCGGGAGCAGGGCCUCCCUCUGCCCGCCUGGUCCUUCCUGACUCCCUCUCAGUGUUGUCUCAAUAAAGUGUGGAUUCUUCCGUGUUUUCUAAAUCUCAACGAAAAA